AUGAUUGCAGACGACGACUGCAGCAUGGGUGCUGCACUGUCAGCUGUCACGUUCGCCUCGAAGCUGAAGGCCAGGCGCAGAAGCCUCAGGCAGCGGCUAAAACGUCGAGCCAGCACCACCGAGCGGAUCAUGGAGGCGCCACUCGAGCUGGUGAUUCCCACAGACAUGCCUACAGACAUGCCCACCGAUCGCUCGUCCGUGGCUGCCGCACUCGUGUCUGCUACUUCGCUGCUGCAGUCAUCGGCGUGCGAGACUGUCCUCGAUGAGUCGGUGGUUGCGGCGCUCGCCGCCUCGGCGGCACCGCUCGAGGUUCAGGCCGGCUCCAUGGUCUUCCAGCGAGGCGAGCCUGCCUUGCACCUGUACGUUGUGGCCAGCGGCACGUUUGAGAUUUGCGGCGCGGGCGAUGGCGCCGAGGCUGGCCAGCGGCUGCUCGUCCGUGGCGAUCACGUUGGAGAGGAGGCGCUGCUCGGCGGAGACGUGUCGUAUGCCGCCACCGUCGGAACCUCCUUCCUCCCGCCGGCAUAA